AACUUCUCAGAAGAGCCGUCGUUUCACCCCUGGCACGUUCAUGUCUCCAGGCCAGCAGAGACCCUUGCAAUCACCCAGAACACAGGCCCCGAACAUCCCACGCUGGUUGUGACGAGCGCCAGCCUGGCUUUCUCAGGGAUCGGUUGGGAUCAGUUUCUGAAGGUCGCAGGGUCAGUCUCGUUGGCGUGCGUGAUCGGGGAACUGCCUGCUGGGAUAUCACUUUGCUCUCUCCCUGCACACAGCUGCCCAGUGAAGCCACAGAAUCCCAGGACACUCACUGCGCCCGCAGCGCGUCCUGCAGCUGGCAGCGUUACCCUGGUUCCUUGUCCUGCCCAGCAGAGGUGGCCGGGAGCUGGGGCACCAACAUGAACGAGGUGUCAGUCGUCAAAGAGGGCUGGCUGCACAAGAGAGGGGAGUACAUUAAAACAUGGCGACCCAGGUACUUCCUUCUGAAAAGCGACGGCUCUUUCAUCGGCUACAAGGAGCGGCCCGAGACAUCUGAUCACAGCUUGCCACCUCUGAACAACUUCUCGGUCGCAGAAUGCCAGCUGAUGAAGACCGAGCGGCCUCGGCCAAACACGUUUGUCAUUCGGUGCUUGCAGUGGACGACUGUCAUCGAAAGAACCUUUCACGUGGACUCUCCUGACGAACGGGAGGAGUGGAUGCACGCCAUCCAGACCGUCGCCAACAGCCUGAAGAACCAGGAGCCCGAAGAAGACCCGAUGGAUUACAAGUGCGGCUCCCCCAGCGACACCACCGGGGCUGAGGAGAUGGAAGUGGCCGUGAGCAAGACCCGGGCGAAAGCAACCAUGAACGAUUUUGACUACCUGAAACUCUUGGGGAAAGGCACCUUUGGCAAAGUGAUCCUGGUGCGGGAGAAGGCCACUGGGCGCUAUUACGCCAUGAAGAUCCUGCGGAAAGAAGUCAUCAUCGCAAAGGACGAGGUGGCGCACACAGUUACAGAGAGCAGAGUGCUGCAGAACAGUAGGCAUCCCUUCCUGACGGCGCUGAAAUACGCCUUUCAGACCAACGACCGGCUGUGCUUCGUGAUGGAGUACGCCAACGGCGGAGAGCUGUUUUUCCACCUUUCGAGAGAGCGCGUGUUCACAGAGGACCGGGCCCGUUUCUAUGGUGCUGAGAUCGUGUCGGCGCUGGAGUACCUGCACUCCAGGGACGUGGUCUACAGGGACAUCAAGCUGGAGAACCUGAUGCUGGAUAAAGACGGCCACAUCAAGAUCACAGACUUCGGGCUUUGUAAGGAAGGCAUAACGGACGGCGCCACCAUGAAAACCUUUUGCGGGACACCGGAGUACCUGGCCCCAGAGGUGCUGGAGGACAACGACUAUGGGCGGGCUGUGGACUGGUGGGGGCUGGGCGUCGUCAUGUACGAGAUGAUGUGUGGCCGCCUCCCCUUCUACAACCAGGACCAUGAGCGGCUCUUCGAGCUGAUCCUCAUGGAGGAGAUCCGCUUCCCCCGGACCCUCAGCCCCGAGGCCAAGGCCCUGCUGGCCGGGCUGCUCAAGAAGGACCCCAAGCAGAGGCUAGGCGGAGGGCCCACCGACGCCAAGGAGGUGAUGGAGCACCGCUUCUUCACGGCCAUCAACUGGCAAGAUGUGGUUCAGAAGAAGCUCGUCCCACCGUUUAAGCCCCAAGUGACAUCUGAGAUUGACACGCGAUACUUUGACGACGAGUUCACGGCGCAGUCGAUCACCAUCACGCCCCCUGACCGAUAUGACAGCAUGGACUCCCUGGAGGCCGAUCAGCGGACGCACUUCCCCCAGUUCUCCUACUCCGCCAGCAUCCGAGAAUAGGCGGCAGCAGGCAGAGACUUGGGCUCCGAGCAUGGGAGAACUUGGUUUUGUUCCUGGGAUUUCUCUCCAGCAAUCUGGUCACACACUGGCCCGGCUCCCGGAGGUGCAGGGGUAGCCCCAGCUGUUUGAAACGCCGCCAGCCUGGCAUCGCACCGCCGGACGGAGCCGCUGUGAAAGGAAGGAAGUGCUCCUGCUCUGUUGCUCUGAGCAGCUCCGAGCCCUGCUGGUUCAGCACCAUGGGGUUGCUUUGAUUUUUAAACUCCUAGAAGUGCUUACAGCUUUUAGAGACAGCCCACCCCACGAGUGAGCCUUCCUCCAGCGUCCGAGGGCCCCUUGCGCCCUGCGGGCCGGGAUGUCAGCUAGCCAUAACCUAAACCCAGACCCGGAGAGAAGUUCGUGGAGAGGAAUCCUGUGGAAUUGAAACUGACUCGCCAGGAAUGCCGAGCUUUCUGGUGGUUAUGGAGAGCGCCACCGAGUGGAUAGGAUGGGACGGAACGGGACUCUCCGCUGGGAUGCACAGUAAACCCUCGGAGCAGGCCGACAGCCCGGCGGGUUGGCCCUCAGUCCUGAGGGCUGUUUACUUCAUUGCUCCGUUAGCUCGGCUCCGGUGCGGUGAGGGACGCUGGCUCCCAGCCCCAGGGUUGGGUUCGUGGGUCCUGUUUUCUCUUCUGCCUGUUACAUCUUUACACCCUUCCUGCACCUGACGGGAAAGGGGCACAACCGAGCCGGUGGAAGCCAGAGCCGCGUGGACCUUGGCGGGCGGGCAGGAGGGAGGGACGGGAGCACUUGGAGACUCAGCAAGGCUCCCAUGGCACAAUAGCACGAAGGAAGAAGCCGGCUCUUUCCACAGGACGUGACGUGUCAGGAAGGUCGGGGGAAAGCCGACCCCAGGCAAUGGCUGUACCUGUGUAUGACGCACACAGCUGUAAAAGCAAUAACGUUUUUUCUUCAAAGCUGCCUUAAAGCCAGAAGUCGGCGCUGCGAUUAGUUCACACCUGGCGUGCGGCAGGAUUAUCUACAGAACAACCGGGCGGCUAAUAAACUCUGCAGCGCUCGGCCGGAGACGCUCCUUCCUCCACAGCUCCUGUGAGCCUCUCGCUCCCCAGCUGAGCCCCCCGUCUGGGCUAAGCUUUUCCCACAGCACACGCCAAAGGCCCCGUUUGCCCAUCAGGACGCCCCCUGCGCUGUCACUGACGCUGCCGAGGGGCUGGGGAGCGCGGCACAGUCCCACCCAGCGCCAGUGGCUGGGCAGAGUGCAUCGGGCGCCAGAGACCAUUGUGAGUCGCAGGCGCUGAGCACUCUUCCCCCUUGUCACUAGGCUGCCGGCUCCUGGACCCUGCAUGUCAGACUCAGACGGUCUGAAGCCAUCUGCAGCUUUGAGGGGCGGUGGGGAGCAGCUGCCUUCUGCUCCUCCCGGCGUCGUGGAGCCACAGCGUGUCUCCCUGCCCAGCGGCUCUGAGCUACGCCUGGGCUGUCAAUUGCAUGGCCCUGGGUGGCUGCCAUUGUGCCUGGGGUGCCGGUUACACCCACAGUGUAGGGCAUUUGUCGGGGGACCCGGACGCCGGGGCUUGCUGCAGCUGCUCAGACAGAGAACCUGGCCCCCGUGGUGUUUGUCAGACACGUUUUGAUGGAACAUUCUCACCUGCUCUGGUGCCUGGGCCAAGCUGCGUCCUGGCAUGCGGGGUCUGUUUCCCCAAGAUUUCCACUUAAGUCAGCCAGUUGGCCAUGAAUUCCGGGGGUGGGUUCCCCGUGGGGCGGUUCCCUUGCAGGCAAGGGACGCACCGAUGAACGGCUGACGCCCAGGACACCGCGUGGCCUCGUGGUUUGGGAAAUAGACGAUUAGGUUUGGUCUGAGGGGUGGGGGGCCAGGGCUCUCGGUACAGACGCCCAAAGUGCUCGGCUCCUGCUCUGCAGUCAGGCCCCGGGGUUGCUGCACUGGGGCUUGGCAUACUUGCCAGCUCUUUGUUGUUAAGCUCUUGAGUAUUUCUGCUGCUUUUACCAGUGUCAGAGCCGGCGCUGCUCUGGGUCCCGGCUGCUCCUCGCCAAAGCCUCUGAAUUUCUCAGGGAGGGCGAGAGCCUUGUCCCAAAUGCGGGAGCCAGCCGUGCAGUCUGGCUGCGACGUGGGGGAGAUGUACCACUGCUCGGCUGCCCCCCGGAAAGGCGCCCGCGGUUCUGAGCUGCGGGCCGGACCGCAGGGCUGAGCCCGGGCUGGGCCCCGUUUGCUGCAGGAUCUGGGGCUACUCAGCGAGGGGUCCCCGUGACCCUUCCAUCCCCAGAUAUGGCUCCAGCGUCACUCGCACGCGGUGACUUGGCCUGAAUUUGAGGCUCAGGGACUUGGCACUCGGAUGGGGAUGGUUCUUGGGACGUGCCCCUGGCAGUACUGGCACAGGGGGCUGGGGUGGUUUCCCCUGCUCGUUCAGAGCACGCCGGAGAGUCCUGGCAGCGCCGGUCUGUCUCCUCCCGCAGCCCAGGGCUCUGGCGUGGGACCCACGGAACGGCAGGUGUCCCCGAGCUGCUGGAGUCCAUCUGGGAACGGCCCUGCAUGGGCAGCCCCAGGCUGAACUGAGGAGCCGGAUUUGUCCCCUGCCUCUAUUGGAGAGAAGCUCGUCUCCCCCCUGCGAUGGGGUCUGCUCCUGGCCGCAGCUGGGCCUGGGGAGGGGUCCCCGCCAGGCUCGGUGCUGCCCCAAGGGUCUCAUCAGAAGGUUUAUCCCCAUUGCUCCCCCAGGGAACGCCCCCAGGGUUACACAGCUGGGGAGGAAACCCCCGUCUCCCAGUCCGGUGCCUUCAACCUCCCUGGGCUUCCCCAAGCUCUGCGGCAGGCCUGUGCGUCAGCGGCCGAGGCCAGUUCUGAAUGUGCAGAACUCAUCUGGCGGCUUCAGCGUCCGGCGAGCAGCGCGUCCCCCCCGUGCCUGGGCUGCCGGCUGCUGCCGGGGUGGAGAAGCAUCAUUGCUCGGCCUGUGUAUUUCACGCUGCGUGUCAGGGAGCCAGGUGGGACCUUGGCAAAGCUUUAAUUUAAAACCCAUGUGGCCACCUGGGUUGCCUGUCUGUGACCAGGUCACCCCCCCCCCCCGCCCGGGCACGGUGCUUUGGGCAGGUGCCCCCCUGUGCGGUGCUCUGGCUGUUUCUCGCUGAACCUUAAUGCCCGUUUGGCCUUUCGCUUGCUGCGUGUCGCCGGAAUUUCAUGUUGAUUCACCUGGCUCAGGUGCUGGGCUGCCAAGACCUCCCCUCCCACCAGCACUACAGGCUUUGCUGCCCAUCCAGUGCCCUUCUGUGCCUCACCAAGGGGCGAGGGCUGCCCCCCAGCUGGCAGGAGCUAUCCCAGGCACAGUUCCCAUUGAGACCUUCUACUCUGCCCUGGUGUGCGGCCCAGCCCAGCAGCCACCUAGCUUUGAGAGUGGACGAGCAGCCAGCGGGGCAGGAGCUUUCUCCCCUCGGGGGGUGGGAGGUUUUGCUUUGUGGCAUGUCUGAGCUCUGCUGUGGGGCUGGGGUGUGCCAGGAGCCGUCAGCGGCCCCCUUGGCGCAGGGCAGGGCGGCGUCCGGACACCCCCGCUGCGGAGUUGCACCAGCUGAAGUGCGUCUCCCACAGCGAUGGGGGAUGAACGUCUCCAAAGCUGGAUUUGGACUGCACGCGGCCCGGCUGAGUCGCUCUGUAAGAUAAGGUUCGUGAGUUCGGGAUAUUCUGCUUUGCCUAGGACCGGGCAGGUGAGGUUCCUGGAGUGUUUGGUUCUGUAAAUCUGUCCACGCUGCGCUCACCUGCGCCCUUGGAUUUGUACGGUACAAGCAAUAAAAUGGUUUUUGGA